CGAACAAUUAACAACCGAUCCCUGGACAUCUCGACCGUUGGUUCUCAACCCACUUUCCUCUCUGCUUGUCUUCUCAUCAGUGCUUUAUUUAUAGUGCCCACUAAACGAUUCUAGCUGAUGAACCCUAGUUUCCAAGACUCUUUUGGGAUGUAAUACUUGAAAACAAACAAUUUUGAAUUGUCUGCAUAGUGGGUUUGGAGUUGGGAUGACUACAAUAUCACUGAUAGCUGGCAACGGUGCGAGGGGAAGAGGAGGUGAAGACUUGGGUUCUCUGUUUUGGUCGCAUUUACAUUUUGGCAAUGAGUUCCUGGCAAGUGAUUCACCGAUAAGUUUGUUUAGAAACUUAAAUGGCAGUUGGUGGAGGGAUUUGGGAGGCUCCAGGAUCAGACGGGGGUGCAAAUUUUGCGUUGUUGCAAAGGUUAGAAAGGGGAAGAAGCACGAUUACCCGUGGCCCGAUGAUAUUGAUCCAAAUACCAGUGCACCCUUGACUUACCUCUCUUACUUCAAGCCUAUGUCAGAGAAACCCAAACCAGUGACACUUGCCUUUGAGAAGCCACUGGUUGAUUUGGAAAAAAAGAUCAUUGAGGUACGCAGAAUGGCUGAUGAAACUGGUUUGGAUUUCAGUGACCAAAUUAGUGCUUUGGAAAACAAGUAUCAACAGGCUCUUAAGGAUUUAUACAUGCAUUUGACACCCAUACAACGCCUUAAUAUUGCUCGACAUCCUAAUAGGCCUACUGUUCUUGAUCAUAUCUUUAACAUCACUGAGAAGUGGGUGGAACUCCACGGAGAUCGUGCAGGCUAUGACGAUCCAGCUAUCGUGACUGGCAUUGGGAGCAUGGAUGGCAAAAGCUACAUGUUCAUAGGACAUCAGAAAGGAAGGAACACAAAGGAAAAUAUUGCACGUAACUUUGCAAUGCCAACUCCUCAAGGUUAUAGAAAGGCUUUGCGCAUGAUGAAAUACGCCGAUCAUCAUGGUAUUCCUAUUAUUACCUUUGUUGACACACCAGGAGCUUUUGCUGAUCUCAAAUCUGAGGAACUUGGUCAGGGUGAAGCAAUAGCUCACAAUCUGAGGACAAUGUUUGGCCUUAAAGUUCCAAUUGUAACAGUUGUAACUGGAGAAGGUGGCUCAGGUGGUGCUCUUGCUAUUGCUUGUGCCAAUAAGUUGUUUAUGCUGGAAAAUGCUGCAUUCUAUGUUGCAAGUCCCGAAGCAUGUGCUGCAAUAUUGUGGAAGUCUUCCCAAGCAGCUCCUAAGGCUGCUGAAAAACUGAAGAUAACUGCUCAAGAACAUUACAGGCUCAGAAUUGCAGAUGGUAUAAUUCCUGAACCUCUCGGUGGUGCACAUGCUGAUCCUGUGUGGGCAUCUCAACAGAUUAAGGAUACCAUCACUCAGGCCAUGGAGGAGUUGACAAAGAUAGAUAAAGAAGAGUUGCUCCGCCACCGGAUGCUCAAGUUUAGGUCAAUUGGAGUUGGAGGUUUUCAAGAAGGUACGCCAGUGGACCCCAAAAGAAAACGCAGCAUGAAGCCAUCCGAUAUUAAUACAACGACAGAUGAUAUUGAGUCAGAUCUUGAGAACCUCAAGAAGAAGAUUCUAGAAGCAAAAGGACCCUCGGAUCCAAUUACAAUCCAAACAAUGGAGAAGCUCAAACAAGAUUUAGACCAAGAGCUAUACAAAGCAUUCAUUUCCAUGGGCUUGCAGGAUAAGAUUGAGGCGCUAAAAUUGGAGUUAUCUAAAGCACCCGAUCGCCCCACAAAUCAUCCCCUUAACCGGGAUUUAAAGGAGAAAGCUGACAAAAUAAUGCUAGAAUUCCAGCAAAAUUUGUCACGACCCGGGGCUUACCUUGGGUUAAAGCAAAAGCUUGAAAAGCUAAACAUGGUUAGUAGGCUCAUUGAUAUGAAAGAGAAAAGUGAGAAACUGAAAGAAGAGAUUAAUCAAAGAAUCCCGGCAGACAUAAAAGCCAAGAAGGAACUUUUGAAGAAGGCUCGGGAAAGGUUAUCGAAAGGGGAUCCAUUGGAUUCUGAAUUAGCAGAGGAAGUCGAGAAAGCUAAGAAAGAGCUCGAGGAGGUUCUGAAGUCAGCUGACUUGGAAAUCGUUGGAGUGAUCGGGCGAAAAGGUGUUUUUGCACUUCCUAAUUUGAAAGAGAACGUGGUGAAGGUGAACGAAGAGAUAAGCAAGGAGAUUGAGAGAGCAGUGAAUGAAACUGGUCUGAGUAGGAAAAUUGAAACGUUGAGGGAGGAGGCUGCAAAAGGAUCAAGUUCAGGGAAGGUAAAAAAGUUGGAAGCAGAGAUCAAGGAGGAGAUAGUUUCUGCUAUGGAAGUUGUGGCAUUGAAGGAAAAGGUUGAGAAUUUGAGAGCGGAAUUGGAAUCAUCCACGAAAGCUGUGACUGGAGGUAAGGUUGGUGCUGAUAAUGGAAGAUACUGACACUAAAACUUGAUUUUCACAAAUUGAUAGAGGGAGGAAAGAGGGAGAGUAGACAACAUAUAUACUUGGUAUGUAUAGUAUUCAACUGGAGUUCAUAAUUCCUUGCAUAUAAUUUGUGUAUUUCUCAGUGUUUAGAUGUUGAUUGUUGUAUGGCAUAUAUCUGAUAUUAUAUGUAUUGCUUCCAUGAGUUUCAAAUAUAUUGGACAUCUUUUUGCUCUUGAUUCUUGAUUA